GCCAUAGUAAACGCGUCGAGCGACGCGUCCGCGUGUGCGAGCCCGCAAAGCAGAAUAUCAACAACAGGAAAUCCUUUGAUCGCAUCGCGUUCGCGGACGCAGACGCGUUACUAUGGCCUCACCGUAAGAGUUUUCGCUCCAGAGGAUGCUGCUUACGGCGAGGAGCAUCUAGGAAAUUUUCCGAAAGAUUUUCUUGGGGGAAAACUCUGCAAAGGAUUUUCUCUGCCUAUUACAGCGUUGAAUGUGCGUGUGUGUUUGUUUUGUGAAAAUUGCGUUCGCGAGUUCGCUCAAUCGGUUUAUUACUGCGAUGCAUAAUCGAUAGUUUUCGAGGGUUCUAGUGAGUCCUCAAGUGCAGUUUUUCAAAGAAUUGACAAACCUUUCGACCUUUUCCUGAGACAGGGCGUAAGAGUGAAAGUGAUCGCUGUAGACUGUGGCGGAAUGCAUCGGCAUAGCAGCUACGAAGAAAUCUGCAGACCGGAGAAACAGUGACAAGACGAAAAAUCGAUAAGUGACCGGUUUCUACGGGAAAGAACGUCGCAUCUUUGGACAAAUGACAGGCCUGCCAAGGUAGUUCUUGAAAAUUGCCCGUUAUCUGGAAUCGGUUUCGAGUGUCACCGGGACUAAAUCGAUCACCACGAGAGCGUGGAACGAAACCGGCUGCUGCUGGCUCUUGCUACAUCGGGUGUGCAUUUCUCUUCUUUUCGGUGUGCUUUAAUUUCUUUCCUUAAAACAAUCGAGAUAAGCAAUCUCCCUCCGGAGACGAGUACGGCGACGGGGCCUUCCUAGGGUUAUAUCUUGGGACAGGCAAUUCGACAAGGUGGGAUCGGAAAGUGAUACGCUACUUCUGCUGCUGCGAUCUACUGUACCGUGGAGGAGUUAUCGAUACAACUUCAUCUCAUCGUUCGGCUCGCUAGCGACGUUCUCCAGCCCUAGAUCCAUCCAUCAAACCUUCGACGGUUAUGGACAAGACCGAGUUUGUGCAUUGACAGUUUCAGUGAACCAUAGUUUUAUGUGGUGGGCAAAUAGAGAUCACUUUGGUGGAGAACCCUGUGCGAUGUUAUCUGCUUCGAAACUGUAGUGCAGUGCGACGGGUUUCAUUCAUAGAAAUCACGUUGAUCCGCUGUUGGCCAGAAGAGACCAGUGAAAGUAUCCACUGGCACAGAAUUUCAUACCAAGUGCGAAAAUAGAAGUCCAAGUGCUUUGUGACCAACGGUCAAAUUCAGUGUGUAAGGAAGUGAUAUUGGCGUUUUGGUUUCGCCCCGUUACAGUUUUGUGAUCGCAAGUGCAGUGUAAAAAAAGAAACGGUGACGUUGCAUUCGACGGAACACGGGGUACCCGGUGCGAGGACCCCGCUGGGAGUAGUACCGGUCAACAUCAACCUGCCACCGACGACUCACAUGGGAGUUUGCACAGAGGAGCGCCCUGUAAUGCAUUGGCACCAGAGCGCUAGGUUUCUUGGUCCACCCCGGGAGCGCAGUCCAGAUCACCUGACCAACGCCUGCCAGAUCAACGCCAACAACAACAACGUCAACCACCGGACGUGUAUAUCAUGUACGGACACCUGCGAGCACAACCUCAAGCCAGGUCACGUCAUUGGCGGCGGCGGCGGAGGACACCUCGGCCCAGGGCACCUUUACCCGGACAGUUGCCACAGCUAUGACUCCGCCCCGGAUCGGCUGAUUGCCGAUCGACCCAACUACUAUACCGAUCUCAACCGAAGCGACUGCUCCGACGCAGGCAGUGGGGUGCUGAACAGUUGCAUACAGCUCAAGUCGGAACCGCCCGGUGGACCCAGCAGUCCCGAAUCUUCCACUGAGUUACCACCCUCCGGACUGGACGAGUGUGCGGGCUGUGAUAUGCCGAUACAGGAUCGGUUUUACCUGUCAGCUGUUGAGCGCAAGUGGCACGCUACCUGUCUACAAUGUUGCAUCUGCCGGCAAACGCUGGAAGGUGCCAACUCCUGCUUCUCCCGUGAUGGCAAUAUCUACUGCAAAACAGAUUACUACAGAGUAUUCGGCUCGAGACGAUGUUCGAAAUGUCUGGCUUCAAUUAGUUCCUCCGAGUUAGUUAUGCGAGCUCGACACCUAGUUUUCCACAUACGGUGCUUCUCCUGCGCGAUCUGCAAUACCCUGCUGAACAAGGGCGACCACUUCACGAUACGGGACUCGGCGGUGCUCUGUCGGUCCCAUAUCGACAUCCCCCCGCUGGAUCCGGGUGCACCGAUACCCCUGGCCAUGCAGUGCCAGUACCCGAGCCAGUACGGAACCUCCCCCAGUGCACCGCUCAGCCCGAGCGACUCGACCGGAAGUAGUAAAAUGCCUCCGGCUGGGUACUUUUCGCCCCAUCACACCGUUACCGCCCUGCCGCAGCAACCCCGCCAAAAGGGACGACCCCGGAAGCGGAAACCGAAAGACAUCGAAGCAAUGACCGCCAGCUUAGUUUUCAAGGGAUCAUAUUUGAACACCGAGUACCUAGAUUUGGGCUUCAGCCGAGGCCUUGGGUCGUCGUCCCGGGCCAAGCGGAUGCGGACGUCCUUCAAGCACCACCAGCUGCGGACGAUGAAGUCCUACUUCGCGAUCAACCACAACCCGGACGCCAAGGAUCUGAAGCAGCUGUCGCAGAAGACGGGCCUGCCGAAGCGGGUGCUACAGGUCUGGUUCCAGAACGCACGCGCAAAAUGGCGCCGGAUGAUGAUGAAGCAGGAGGGUAAAAUCAUCGACUCGGACAAGGGCGAGGGCUCGCUGGAUCUCGACGGGUACGUGUCCCACAGCCCCGGGUCGUACAUCAUGGGAGGCCCCGGCAGCCCCUCGUCGCUGGACUAGUGCCUAAGGGUGGCGGUUCGGCGGAUGCUGCAGGAACGCUACGGACACAAUCGAAACCACCAUCACAACCACCACCAAAACAAUGAUCAGCGCUUUCGACCUCCGCCUGGUCCCCGGCAGGGCGAUUUCAAUGGAGAGCAGUUGCAUCAGGAGCAAUCGGAGAAACCUUGUCAUCACCAUCAUCAGGUUGGUCGUCCUCAAGAAGACGGGGAUUUCGGGGGGUCCACCAAUGGGCAGCCGGGUGGGAGCUGACUGGAGGAAGCAUUAGCAUAAACAAAUUUGAAUCGAAAGGUUUACUUUGUGGAAUCCGCGAAAAACGGGGAGGGAAUUUAAUUGAGCGCAAAAUAUGCUUCGGCCGACCGAAAAAAACGGGAAAGGCGAGCACUCAUGAAGACCAACGAGUCGAAGACAAUGAUGUUAUUAUAUUCAAAUUCAUGUUGUGCUAGUGCUUAGCCAGGGGGCGCCUAACGAGACAAGGGCUUUAUAGAUAGGUCGUAGAAGUCAUGCCGAAACACAGAAAAAAAGAACCAUUCGAGGGUGCAAAAUCUCAUUCGGGUUUUCCCUCGUCACUCACCGCUCCCAAAGGGAGCAACGUUGAAACUUGCAUGUGUAAAAAGUUGUAAAAAGACACGAGUUGCUGCUGUGGAACUGUCUCGGAACUGACUGACUGACUGUGGCUGCUGAUAUGGAGAACGGGAGUGGAGAGAACCAGUAGAAAAAGCGGGCAACUAAUAAUAAUGUAUGUACAUAUGAUUACGGGACGCAGAAUGGCACAUAUCUACUGGUGAUUUGGUUAUGUUAAGUUCGAGCGAUUUAUUUCGAAAUUAUUGCCACUGGCCCCCAGUGUGCCACUGAAUUGCAGAUAAUCUUUAGGAAACAAAGAACAAUUUUCUGGGGAAAUGUCGCAAUCUGAUGCCUAAGAAAUUAUUUCAGGAGUUUCGCCGAAGUUUUACCAGAAGUUCAUUACGGAAUGCAACAAAUUAUCUUGAAGAUCUUGAGAUUUCAGAACCAGAUAUUUUAGUGAGGAUGUUGAGAUUAUAAUGUAAAACCUGAGAUUUCUGUGCGGAUCUCUGAAUUCCAGUGUGAGUCUUGCUAUUUCAGUGUGUAUCCUGGGAUCGAAAAAUGCAUCCUUGGUUUCCAAGGUGAAUUCAGUAUGGAUCCAAGAAUUCUGUUGUGAAUUUUCGGAUUCCAGUGUUGAUCCUGGGAAUCCAGUACGGGCCCUGGAAUUCCGGUGUGGAUCCAAGGAUUUCAGUAUGGAUGUUAGGAUAUCAGUGGAAAUGUUGAGUUUCCUUGGAUUCCAGUGUGGAUUCUGCGAUUACAGAAUAGAUGCUUGAUUUCUAGUGUGGAUCCUGGGAUCCCAAUGUAAAUUCUGGGAUUCCAGUGAGGAUUCUGGUAUACCAGUUUGGUUGCUGGUAUUUCAGUCAGGAUUCUGGUAUUCCAGUGGAAAUUGUCGAAUGAGAAUACCGAAAUGCCUGUGAGAAUCCUGGGUUUUUAGUGGCAAUAAUGUGGGAAUCCUUUUUGAGUUACGUUGAAAUACUGUGCAAAUAUUAUAGACAUACAGCGAAAAUAAUGAGCAAAUCGUUUGAAAUAUGUGAACCUUACUGGAAAUCUGGAGUUUUUGUUAAUGUCCUGUGGAAAUCAUCAGGAAACUCUGAGAAUCUGAAUGUUCUGAUGUUGGUUCGGAGGGAAUUUUGUAAGAGUUAUUUGGCCAACAAUUAGAAUUGCUGGGAGGAUCCUGGAGAAUUACUCUGGAAUCAUGUAAGAAUCCCAUAAGAAUCACAUGGGGUAAAGGGUAAAACUGUCUAUCGUCUUCUUGUUCACCCUUAAUAAAGGUCUAACACAAAAUACCGUAAAAGCUGGACAUCUAAAAACCUUUUCGUUUUGAUUUCCCUAGACUGCAAAAGCCAAAAAAUCACAGUUAAAAUCUUUUCAAUCGAGUUUCCUUGAUCAAUUUAUCUAGAAAUAUAUUCAAGAAUUACUCUAGGGAUUCCUUUCAAUAUUCCUUAAGACAUUCUUCAAAAGAUUAUUACAGACAUUUCACAGAUAAUUAAAGACUUCUUGUUUUUCCAGGGAUUAUUCAAGAAGUGAUCACUGAAUGAAAUGUUGGAGAAACUUCUGGAGAAAAUUUCAUGGUAAAUCUCAUGAGGAACCCGUAAUCGAACUUAAUGAAAUGUUCAUUAAAGGAUUAGUAAAAGGGCUUAUUCCUGGAAAAAUCCCUUAAAAACGUGAAUGAAUACCUAUAAAACUGGAUGAAAGAAUUAAUGGUAAAAGUUAGUUGGGAAAUUCUCAAGGAAAUACUGUAAGAUAUCUUGGAAUGAUUCCUAAGCGAAUCCCUUUGAAUUUGUUUCUUUUCUCUAAUCACGUAAACCUGUAUUUUAAUUCAAAUUAAGUACAAACCAUCGAAUAUUAACAUGGAAAAAUUCGUGUAGAAAUCGUUGGAAGAAAAUGUUGAGUUAUUAUUGGAGAAAUUAGUAGAAUAAUUCCUGGAAAAACCUCUGAAAUGCUGUAAAAAUUUCCGCGGUGAUCUCGCUGAUAAUUACUGGAUUUACAAGCACAAAAAAUUCUAGAUGAUUCCCUAAUCUAAAACCAUUAAAUAAUUUCUGUAGGCAUUUCUCAACAACUUCUUCAGGAUUUUGUUUGAGAGAGUGUACCAAGAAUCAAAAUAAAAUUUUACAAUGAACAUUCACAUAUCAGCAACAGCGGCGUUUAUGUUUGUGCUAAUGAAAGUCCAACAAGAAUGAUGUCGACCAAUACUUCUACUGUAUAGAAGACGGAAUAUCAACUCAAUUUGAUCAGCAUCCUCAUCUUGUGCCGUUCAAUAUUUCAAGACUCGCUGUUUGCUUUGUUCUCUCCAUUGGGACCGACAUACUCCCCCUCAUCCCAUCACAUUCUAGUAGUGAUUCAUUCGGCCAUCUAUUCAUCUGAAAGAUUCAUCCAUCCGUGACGGCCCACUCGUUUGACGGCGUUGAAAACCUCUUCCGAGAUCUUGAAAGAUUUUUCAACGGAAAGUUCACGUUUCACUUGGCCCCGUCUUUACCAUAUCCCUCGGGUUUUUUUUUCUGCGCAUCUGUCAACGCUAGUUAUAUGACCAGGAGUGCGGUUCCCGGAUAAAAAAAAAUAAAACACAGUAACAGCACUACUUAAAACAUCAAAAAUAUUAUACAGCAUGUAAAUCAAGAAAGAUUCGAGAAAUUGAGCAAAAUAUUGCAAAAACCAUCAUUUAAAUGUUUUGUUAGUGGUAAAAAUGGUAAAACAAAUUAUUUUUGUAUUGUUUACAAAGGUAAUUUGCUUUUUUAUUUACAAUCUGUUGAGUUAUGUUUUUCUUCAAUAAUCUUUACUGGUCUACGAUACACAAAGGUGUAAAAAUGGUGUUAAUAAUUUAAUUCGUAUUUUGUAUAGAAAGGCCCACAAUUGACCAGAUAUUUGUACCGACAGUAGCAAAAGAGGCUUGUCGCCUUCGUCUUUUGAAUCACCACUAGCAUCAUUUGUGUUUGUUGAACUUAUGAUUAAUUUGUUUUCGAAUUGCUUCUAAUACAUAAAAAAAGUUUCAUAGACAGUCGAUUUUCCGUAUUUAAUAUGUCAUAUUGUACAUUAAUAAUUUAUUCCAUUCACUGAAUGCUGCAUUUUUACCCGGGUUGGCAUUGAUGCAUGGAUGAAUAAAUCUGCGAAUACAGGACGAACUUAGUUGCAAGUCAAAAUGGAAAUGAAUGGGGCUCUAUGUGGUAGGAAAACGGUGAACAGAAGCAGAAUGGUUGGCAGGCAGUAGGUACAUGCAUUGAACAUUAAACAUUGAAUUUCAAAUUUGAUGAAUGGCACAGCGGACCACCUCCUCCCAGCAGCCAGCCAAGAGCCAGUCAGUCAAGACAGUGACAGCGCCCCAUAAAUUGUAUACGUACUAAACGAGAGUUAGCAAUGGUCGAAUGAGAGGCAAGCGUGUGUGAGAAAUUGUGUGUAACAAAUAAGCAAAAAAUGUUCGAUGUUUUUUCCAUCCGUGUAGAUAUGUGAGAGCGGAAAAUUUAUUCUUAGUUUUGAUUUUCUUUCGCCUUAGGUAAGAAAAGCAAAAGUGCAACUCAUGACAAAAUCACACAAAACUAACAAACUGUACAGAGCGAAACAAUGAAGGAAAUUUUCUAGAUCUCAAACUAAUGACCCAAACUGAUGUUUUACAAAACGCAAAAACCAGAAUCAAUAGGAGAGCUCAAAGACACACUCAAUAACACAUUAGACUAAAAAAAA